CUUUUUCCGCAUAGUCAAACCCAGAAUAUUGAUGCAAGAACUCGGGGGUUGAGGCGCAACUGGACACCUCAAGCUCGCAACUUUUGAAUUCGUCACCCGAAAUCUCUCCCAAUAUAUAAACAUCCUCCUCCCUUACCUUCUUUUUAUCAAACCUUUGAUCUGAGAUAAUCUCCUACUGUGCAAUGAAUCCCACGUGCUGCGUCCAUGAUUGGGAUCUGCAGGCUGUCGUCCGGGGGUGCAGCGUUGGCGAGACUUGUUACGACGUCACGGAUUGUGCGAUGUGGUGGUCUGUUGCCAGCCCGCAACAGGAAGAGUUCCUCUUCGCCGGGUUUCCUGAGUUUGCCGAGACGUCGGCACUCUUAGAUGAUUGGGAGCAGCUCUACAAGCCGUUCUAUCCAGUGCCGCUGUCUGUGAGUGAUGCGGCAUCGAAAUCCGAAGAAGUGAUUGAAGAGGCCGAGAAUAAGCUGAAGGAAGAAGAGCCCUUGACGGAUGCUUCGACGACGAGCCAGGCAGUUCAUUAUGAUGGAGCUAAACAAAGGAGAAGGAAGAAUCAGCAGAAAAGGGAGGUGCACCAUGUGACGGCGGACGGGAUCUCGUCGGACAUGUGGGCUUGGCGCAAGUACGGCCAGAAACCGAUCAAGGGUUCGCCCUAUCCCAGGAGCUACUAUAGGUGCAGCAGCUCAAAGGGUUGUUUGGCAAGGAAACAAGUCGAACGAAGCAGCUCCGACCCCAGCGUCUUUGUCGUGGCCUACACCGGCGAGCACAGCCACACCCACCUGACUCGCCGGAACACGCUCGCCGGCAGCACCAGGAACAAGUUCGCUCCCCCUAAAGCAAAGCAAUCCGCCAUAGUUAAAGGCAACAGGUGUGGGCCUCUAGCCAACAGCGCAUGUGAGUCUCCGGGCUUGACCGCCGUUCGGUCUCCAACGACUCCUCCGCUCGUCGCGACUCUUUCUGAAGAAGACAAGGAGCAAUUGUCCAGCUGCGGGAGCAGGUUAUUGGGUGGGAGCGACGAGAACAACGUUGACCGGACGUCGUUCUUCAGCGAUGAAAUAUUCAUGGGGUUCGAGGAGUUAAACGAGAUGGUCAUGGAUCUAGGCCUCGCCGGCUGCAGCUAAAAUCGCCUCA